AUGGAAAGAGGAAACCAAACAAGAGUUGGAAAUUUUCUCCUUCUGGGAUUCACAGAGGAGUCAGAACUACAGCCUCUUCUCUUUGGGCUCUUCCUCUCCAUGUACAUGGUCACAUUCAUUGGGAACCUGCUCAUCAUCCUGGCCAUCAGCUCAGACCCUCACCUCCACAUGCCCAUGUACUUCUUCCUAUCCAACCUGUCCUUCGCUGACAUCUGUUUCACCUCCACCACCAUCCCAAAGAUGCUGGUGAACCUCCAGACACAGAGCAAAGUUAUCACCUGUGCAGGCUGCCUUAGCCAGAUAUAUUUUUUUAUUAUGUUUGGAUGCCUGGACAACUUACUCCUGACCGUAAUGGCCUAUGAUCGGUUUGUGGCCAUCUGUCACCCUCUGCACUAUAUGGUCAUCAUGAACCCUCGUCUCUGUGGGCUGCUGGUCCUGGGGUCCUGGUGCAUCAGUGUCAUGGGCUCCCUUCUUGAGACAUUGAUCGUCUUGAGGCUAUCUUUCUGCACAAGCAUGGAAAUCUCACACUUCUUUUGUGAUCUUCCUGAAGUCCUGAAACUUGCCUGUUCUGACACUCUUGUCAAUAAUACAACAAUGUAUUUUAUGACUAUUGUCCUAGGUGUUUUCCCUCUCUCUGGGAUCCUCUUUUCUUAUGCUCGGAUUUUCUCCUCUAUCCUAAGGAUUUCCUCAGCUGGGGGCAAGUAUAAAGCCUUCUCCACCUGUGGGUCUCACCUGUCGGUGGUCUCCUUGUUCUAUGGCACAGGCCUUGGGGUCUACUUCAGUUCUGCAGUCACUUCAUCCUCUAGGAUAACUCUGGUGGCCUCAGUGAUGUACACCAUGGUCACCCCCAUGCUGAACCCCUUCAUCUACAGUCUGAGGAACAGGGACAUGAAGGGGGCCCUGGGAACACUCCUCAUCAGAGCAGUGGCUGUCAGGGAUGACGCAGUUAAAGGACUCUCAUGA